UCUGGACCUUGUACACGACCAAUUCUCCUCUGCUGGACUCGAUACUGGAGGCAACAAACGGCCUAAUACACUGGGCCUCCUACAAAGCAGGGUGAUAUAGAAGCAGACUUGCUUGGCCCGCGUCUUGAUCUGAACAGCGCCAACACUCCCUCUUCUUUUGGCAAAAGCACACUCCGCGCUGAACAGAGCAUACAGACGCCUCUUGACAGAUGGCAGACUCAAUUUCGAAGAUGCCGCAUCUUGCACCUGGCACGAGAAUCAAAGUCGGGCAGUACAGCACCAAAGUGGUCCGAUAUUUAUCAGAGGGCGGCUUCUCGCAUGUCUAUAUUGCCAAACUUGACAUACCAAUCAAGGGCAGCGACGUCGCUGUGUUGAAAAGAAUCAUCGCUCCGGACAAGGCGGCUCUCUCCGCCAUCAGGACAGAAGUGGAGACGAUGAAGAAGCUUCGCGGCCACCGCCAUAUUGUGAUGUAUUACGAUUCCCAUGCCACUGAGCUAAAAGGCGGAGGCUUCGAGGUCUAUGUUCUGAUGGAAUACUGCGCUGCGGGCGGUCUCAUCGACUUUAUGAACACGCGCUUGCAAACGCGAUUGGCGGAAUGGGAAGUGCUUAAGAUCUUCAGCGACACUGCUGAAGCCGUGGCCUGCAUGCACUAUUUACGACCCCCAUUGCUCCAUCGAGACCUGAAGAUUGAAAACGUCCUCAUCUCAAGCCCGGACUGCUACAAGCUUUGUGAUUUUGGGUCUUGCAGUGAAGUUCGGCCGGCGGCGACCAACUCCCAAGAGCGUAGGUUGCUAGAGGAUGACAUUCAAAAGAACACAACGAUUCAGUACAGAUCUCCAGAAAUGGUAGACACAACCAGGAGACUGCCUAUCGAUGAGAAGAGCGAUAUCUGGGCUCUCGGUGUAUUACUCUACAAGCUAUGCUACUUCACCACACCAUUUGAAUCCCAAGGACAGAUGGCUAUCCUUAAUGCGGCCUAUACAUUUCCUCCUUUUCCGCCUUAUACCGACAGAACUAAGCGACUUAUUGCUGUCAUGCUUCAAGAGAAUCCAAAAGAUCGGCCGAACAUCUACCAGCUUCUCGCGGAAGUUUGUGCCAUGCGCAACACAAAGGUGCCCAUCCCUGAUAUCUACAGCCGGUCAGUGAAAGCCGUCUCGCAAGUACGCUCUCGUCCUCCUAGUGUUGGACGCGAUGUUGCUGAGCCCGUGCUCGCAUUUGAUGACGAAAACACCGCAAAAAGCGCUGUCGUCUCAGAAAAGGAACCGAUGCGACGAGGACGACCUGUGCGGCAAGCAUCAUCUCCAGAAUUGACUGCAUCACGAGGCAGAUCAACUGCAACAUCCGGAGUCGAUGACAUACCUAUGCCAGCUCCUGCCUUUGAGGAUGAUUUCACUACAAAGUUUCCGACACUCGAUGAGUUGGAUGCUGCUUUGGUGUCAACUCCGCGUCAAGUAAUCCAGCCACAGCCACGCCCUUCAGAUCAGCCUACCACAGUGGGAGACAAGAGACGAGAUAUCCCUGGAGUGAUUCAGGCAAGUUCUAGUACUGCCUCACGACCAGCAGGCUGGGAAGUUCGUGUACAACAACUCGCCCAGAAGGGCGAGGGAUCCCGCCAAACAACUCAUUCGGCUCUUGAUGGGCCUCAGCGUGCUGGACCUGUUAUGGUCGCGUCGCCUCGGCACGCGCUGCAGAAUGGCUCCCAGGAGCUUCGCGAUCUUCCUCGGAACACAACACAGCACUUGGAAGCGGGCUUCCGUCCACGGCCUCAAGUAGUGAACAGGUCCUCUCAGACGUCGCCAAAGCAAAGAGGUCAGCAAACACAAACGUCUCCGCCGAAAGGAACAUCCACGGCGCCGUUAUCGGGAAAGCCACGCAUCGCAGACAAGCCACCCACAUGGCAAACAUUCUCAGGGAAAGAGUCUACAGCUACAUCGCACGAUGUUCAGUCUUUCGCUACUCCUGCUCCAGUGCGUGCGCGGCCGUUGACGAUACAUGUUGCUCCCGCAGCUGAAUCUCGAAGUUCAUUUGCAGUCCCUCGGCCGCCAUCGCGCCCGGCCUCUGCCGCAGAGUCGCGAGCUUCGGACGUCCAGCCAAGCGAAUCCCUGGAGAGUUCUACGGCUGCACAAAUUAGGAGAUCAGCCAGCAGUGGCCAUGGGAAGCAUCACAAGCGACCAAGCCUCACACAGAUUGGCUCGUUCUCCGGUGCCGCAAAGACGCUGGUGAAUGGCAAAUUCGGCGAGGCCUUUCGCAAAUUUGAGUCUACAGGAUCGAAGACAAAGACACAGACAGCGCAAAGCUCUGAGCCGCUAUUCGUCGAGGAAGUGGAUGAUCUGCCGGAUCAUAUCACAAGUCAUUUGAGAACCACGAGUGCUCGCAGGUCGCUCAGCUAUGGUCGGGCGCAAGCCACAGCGGGAGCGUUGCAUGCCGCAAGCCAGCAGCAAGAGAACAGCAAUGUCGAUCAAAGCUCCUACAGCGUCAAAGAAGCCAUGCGCAGGCUGAAGGAAAAGGCAGCACAGCCGUAUGAAGUGAAGAAGACCGCGACAGGAUAUGGAAAGUACACAGAUGAACCGCCCACGCGGUCUGCUACGGUGAUUCCCACAACGCGGGUUGCUGCACGGCAACAGAUUGCUGCACAGACACCUGUUGAACACCAGAAGCACCCUGCGCGCUCUGCGGGUGGGAGAGGCGAGGACGAAGACUUUGAGAAGAGAUAUCCGUCGCUGCCCUUCACAGUUUGAGUCGUAGCACAAAAGAAAAUCGCCUGCACCCGCAACUCUCCUUCCCCCCUUCCCUAUCCCUACAACGCUCCCUCAUUUGCAGAAGCUCUUCAGACUAUCCACCCGUCUCCUCCUCUUCUGCAUUGGCUUCUUUCCACUUCACAGCUACUCUGAAUCAUCACUUUGCAGGACAACAUCACAAUGUCUAUGCCUGCGCUCACCCAAGACUUUCUGCCAAGGGGCGAUCUAUCCAGCUACGCUCAUGCGCUGUGUGAGGAGCAAGACGUCGAUGCAGAGUCCUCGUACAGCCUAGAAGCACAC